AUGGCAGAGUCUGUAACGACAAUUAAACCAGAUGGUACCUACGCCUACGCAGUGCAGGACGGAACCAACGCCGACUGCGAGGCCGCAGUGGCCUACUGGAAAGAAGCCUUCGCCAACUUCGACGGCCUGCCGCCAGCUAACAGCACCGACACAACUGUGUACAAAAGCGCCCAAAAUGUCUCUUUCAUCUCUCUGUUUAACCCUGACGAGAAUCCCAAGGUGGACUGCGCAUACUUCACAUGCCCGGCAGCAGCAACGCCAACGGGAGCCAGGGGAGGGGAAACGGACAAGGAAUUGAAGGCACUUUUGUGUGUCACGACCCCCAAAGCCUUGACAGACGCCGAUGCUCCCUUCACUCAAGAAGAGUGGGAUCGCAUCACCAAGGCCAUCAAUUCCGGCAGCGCAGCAGUGCCGACUUUCUUCGCCGUUGCUGCGGCAGCAGUGGCUGCUCUUUUCUUGCUCCUCUCUUUGGCGGCGGCCGCCGUCCUCUUGGCUAGGGUCGACGGGCAGGAACCAGAAAACACUGCUACAAACAAGGCAGUACGGGUAAAUUGCUCGUCCCAGAUGAACGCAGCGCGGAGCCUUGCGGGCUUUACUGGAUUCCAAGCAGCAGCAGAUAGUGCUAAUCCUCCUGAACAGCUCCCUAUUUAUUCAUCAAGUACAAAAGGUCGGUCUGGGAGUACCGAGCUAAACACAGGAUACCUGACGGCCGUUUGCCAAGCUAUGAAACAGAACACGGUGACUGAAGGGGAAAUUAAACCAGACGGUACCUACGCGUACGCAGUGCAAGAAGGAACCGACGCUGACUGCCAGGCCGCAGUGGAUCACUGGAAAGAAGCCUUCACCAACUUCGACGGUUUGCCUCCUCCUUACGAUAAAACUACAGAUGUUUACAAGGCAGCCAACAAUGUGUCAUUUAUAUCUCUGUUCAACCCUCAAGAGAACCCCAAAGUGGACUGCGCAUACUUCACAUGCCCAGCAGGGGUGAAGGCUAAGGGAGUCGAUUCUGGAACUGGAGAUGACAAAGAAUUGAAGGCACUUCUGUGUGUUACGACCCCCAAAGCCUUGACAGCGGAAGUAGCUCCCUUCACUCAAGAACAGUGGGAUCGCAUCACCAAGGCCAUCAAUUCCGGCAGCGCAGCAAUGCCGACUUUCUUCGCUGUUGCAGCCGCAGCAGUGGCUGCUUUUUUCUUGUAA